AUAUUUGCAAUGCGGUUUUAACACUUGGAGCAUUAUCUUUGAAAUCUGUGUCACUUUAGAAUGAAAUGUGGUAGACAUUUUAGUGGUGUAUUCGGAUUGCGUAAUACAGUUGAGGAAUCAUUAUCUGCUGUGGAGGAUUGUUUUCCAUACAAAAUGAUGCCAACUGAAUGAUACUGAAAUUGAUGUAUUUUGGAAAGUAAUAAGACCAUUGGUGAAGAUAUAACCUACCCAUGAUGCCGUUAGCGUUAGAAAACAUGACUGUUUGGGAUCCCACGACGGUUACCAUGCAUGCCAAUGACACGGAUCUAAGCUGGAUGCUCAAUAUCACUGGACGGCCUGAAAUAAUCACUCCUCGACCUUGGAACAUCCUAGAAAAGUCCAUAUUCGCGACUUGGAUUGUCAUCUCGAUGGUACUUUCUUUGGUCGGAAAUUUAAUGGUGAUAAUUGUGGUAUGGAGGCACAAAGGAAUGCAGACUCGGACAAACAUGUUUCUAGUCAAUUUAGCGAUAGCGGAUUUGUUGACAGGUCUACUGCUUAUGCCUUUCUCGUUAACGACACUAAUUAAUGACCGCUGGGUCUUCGGUGAUACGAUGUGUAAGAUCAAUGGAUUUUUCAAUAGCGUGUGUUUGAUAUGUUCGAUCCAUACAAUGAUGUAUAUCAGCAUACAUAAAUACGUCUCCAUAACGCGUCCUUUCAGUCGCAUUUUGAAUCACUGGAAAAUUUUAAUAAUGUGCUUGGCAGCUUGGAUAUGGUCCAUCACGUGCGCGAUUCUAACGCUGUUCAUUCUUAGCCACGUUGUCAUAAAACCGGGAGCGAUGCAAUGCGGUCCAGUCUACCCAAUAUCAAAGACGGAGAAAUUACACCAUGUUAUCAUCAGUGGCACAAACAUUUUGUUGCCCCUCGCCGUUAUGGUUUACGCCUACGCAAAGAUGUACAUAGAGUUCAGAAAGCACGCGGUCCGUCUAAGGAAAAACAGCACUCUGCAGUCGGAUCAAAUACUAGGUCAGCAAAUUCAGGUGACAAAGACCCUGUUCAUUGUGUUGGCAUGUUUCUUUAUAUGCUGGAUUCCCUAUGCUGUAUACUCAUCAUACGUCUCAGAAAUCAAAGACAAAAAUCAAAUCUUGGUUUGGACAAACCCAUUAGCCUACUGCUUCAUGUUUAUGAACUCUGGAUUCAACCCAAUCAUCUAUGGUUGGCGUAGCAACUCUUUCCGCGAGGGCUAUAAACAAAUCCUGUGCCAGAAGUCAACAUAUUUAGUUAGUGACGACACAAUUCGUGACAGCAAUUCGCCCAGUAUCAUACGCCGCCUUUCAACCCUCCUCCACGCAUCCUUCAGAUCGACAGUAGGCUCCCGAAAAGGAUCCGAACACUCAAGCGUUACGUCCGUGUACAGACCACAUACGCCAUCUCCGGCUAGUCCAACGCAUACGUUGUUACGACGAGCGACGUCAAAAACGGCGAGAGGGAGCUCUAUUAUCCGCAAAGACGGGUCUUUGAUUAUAACGAAAAAUGGCAAAAUUAUUUCAGUGAGAAGGGAUGUGGAUUCGAUCAAACGCGAUAGAAGCUUCAGCGGCUUUGAUGACUUGAAAAUCGCGAAUACCAAACCCGCCUCCCGGAGUUUGAGUGAAAUAAACUGCAUAAAUAAAGAUGUUUCCGAGCUCAAACUAUUGCUGGAAAAUCGGAACGAGCCCGUGCAUCAUUUUCGUUCAGAGUUCCUGUCACCUCAUAUGAACGCUUCGACCAAAAACGGCCACACUUCUUUGUCCAAAAUUGAUAGCGUGGACGAAACAAACUUUGACAGCAGCCAUGCGCAUGCGCUUCAAACUGGCGGUAAUGUCAUGGAUUCAGGGGGCCGCACUCUGUCAGUGAAAUCAAGGGAAUGUACUCCGUCAGUGAAAUCAAGGGAAUGCACUCUGUCAGUUAACUUAUCUCCGGACACAAACAGGUUGUCCGCAUCUUCGGACAACGUGUUUAUAACUGAUGAGGAAGAAACGGCGCUGGUAGAUAGAAAAGAUAAAGACUUUGAUAGAGAAGAUAAAGACUUCCUCUGUGUUAAUUCAUUUCGAGACAGGCAGUAUUUAUCGCGUAGUGACAACAUGUUGGAUCAAAAGAGUUCUCCUCAAAAAAAGAAAACCGGUAUCACAAAAAGUAGUGACGUCAUCGUCGCGGUUCCACUGCUAAGGGGACCUUCGAUUGAGAGACUGGACACAGCCGCGAACAUCCCGCGAUGUUCUAGCGACGAUGGACUAUUCGGAAAGAAACUACCAGCGCGUUCUCCGUUGUAUGUACGGAGAUGGCUUUCCAAUAAGAAUAUUUUUAACACAAAAGUCAAAUCGAAAACGUAAUAUAGGCAUGCGUGGGACUGACUACCGAACGUUACCUGUCAUAUUUUAUGGUUUGAUCUGAGUUGUUUUUAUGCCCCCGAUAGGGUGGCAUAUAGCAUUUGAACUGUCUGUCCGUCCGUCCGUCCGUCCGAAAACUUUAACAAUGGCCAUAACUUUUGCAAUAUUGUAGAUAGCAACUUGAUAUUUGGCAUGCAUGUGUAUCUCAUGGAGCUGCACAUUUUGAGUUUUGAAAAGUCAAGGUCAAUGUCAUCCUUCAAGGUCAAAAGUCUAAAAAAAAACAAAUCCAAAGUAAGUAAUAAGCUUUAAAAGGGAGAUAAUUUCUAAACCUGCCAAAUGAUAUAUUGAAAUUUUAUUUCAAAGCGGCGCAAAUGUGGGCAUUGUGUUCAGGCCGGACCUCAAAGACCUCGUGAAGAGGCCGGUAGGACCUGUAAAUAAACUCUGAUUUAAAAAAAAGGGCAUUGUGUUUCUGACAAACACAUCUCUUGUUCUUUCAUGGAAGGCUGAUACAAAUGUCUGUUAUUUUGUUUGGCAUGACCAUUUUUUUAAACCGUGCAAUUUAAGUUGACAGUAUUGUUAAGCUUGUUGUAGUGUUUUGUUUGUCUAGACGCGUAUUUCAUAAAACAUCUUAUUACUAAGAAUCAUUUAUGUUCAACCCUGAAAGUUAUUGUUUUAUUUAGCACAGAAAUGUAUGCUCAGUAUUUA